AUGAUAUGGUGGUUUUUAAUUUCAAUAAAUUUUUUGUUUUUUCUUAUAAAAAGCUUUUUCACCCCCAAAGAUACGACUUAUAUGAAUGACAUAAAUAAACAUCAAGACAGCGCGUCGACAGAAAAGUACAUUCUCGGCGAAAACUACAACUUGACGAGUCUGAACCUGAAGAUCGACUUCGGCUCCCUAGACACCGGGACGAAGAUAAUCGAGUACAGCAAAGGAAUUAUAAACAUUCGAUCCAUUCAACAGUACGACUAUGACAGUUACAUGCUGACGCCAUGCAAUUCAGACAUCUGGUGGAUCUACUCAUUCAGUGACAUUAUACAUAUAGAGAAAAUUGGAUUAGUCUCACUAGAACAUUAUGCGUCGAAUUUCAAAGUCAUUGAAAUAUUAGGGAGUGAUGUAUACCCAACAAAAAAAUGGAAAAAGCUAGGAAAAAUUGCUACCAAUUUUACAAAAAGUUUUGAACUCUUUAACAUAUAUGAUUAUUGUAAAAAUUACGAUGAAGAUAAUUGUUGGGUCAAGUAUAUGAAAUUUGUUGUCCUGUCUCAUCACAAUUUAGAAAAUAAUUAUUAUUGUACCUUGACACAUUUGCAAAUUUUUGCAUCAUCUGGUGUUGAUAUGCUCAGUGAUAAAAUAUACUCAGAUGAUAACAUCACUCAGCUUGAAAAAGAUUUCCACGAUAAUUACAAACAUGAAAAAAAUGAAAACAUUCGUGAUCAUGAGGUUAUAGAAAAUUUGGAGGUUCUCCUUGAGGACAAGGAACGCAUGCACGGUGGAAGGGGCACUGCACCAGGACCAAGCGACCGUCGAUAUGGACAGAGACACAUAGAUAAGAAGCGUGACCAGGAUGCACUACACUCAACAGAUAUACACACUACCGGAACCAUCACAUCGGAGCAAUCCCCCCCCACGCCCUCCUACUUUACCCCAUUCGAAGGAUCCUUCUUAGAUCCAGAAACGGUAAAGGAAGAAUUAAUAGACACUGAUCUUAUGGAUUCAAAGGUAAUGGACACAGAAUUGAUUAAAAAGGAACUCAUGGACAUGGAGCUCAUUGAAAAAGAACUAAUGAACUCACAACUUGUAGAGAGAGACUCCAAAAGUGGUAACAUGAACGAACCGUCACUUGAUAAUUUAACAGAACAAAUAGGAAACGUUGAUGAUGAUAAAAGAGACCAUGAAAGGAACACCAUCAAGGAGGUUGAAGAGAAUAGCAAUCAACACAAGGAAGAAGAGAAAGACAAAUUUAGUGUGUCCUCGACUGUAGCCACAAAAAAUAAUGUGCUAGGCCAGGAAGGAUACAACAAGAAUGUCUCACCUCAUGCGCUAGUCAUCCUGAACAAAACUGUGAAGAAGAAAUAUGCUGUACUUCAAAAUUUUAACAAACUCAGAAUAUCCAAGCUUUUAAAAAAUUACCGAUUCGUCAAUUACAAAAAUGUGGUUAACAAGUACAUACCUUACAUUGCACACCUGAUGAGGUAUAAGGACCAGCUCAACUACGAUCACUACAACGUGAAAGACGCCAUCCAAAUGGAUCGCUUCCUCAACCCCGUGGAUGAUGUACUUCUUGGCGGAAGCACAGUGGAGAAACAUGUACCGACCCGUCAGCGAUUUCUUUACCCAUUCCGUGUGCUCCAGAGAGGUGUUUUUCCAAAAUUGUACAGCCGUGUGAAUAUCCCAAGACACGUUCCCCUGCACAGUGGAACAAGUCCACACACUGUUGAUAAGAGUACCAUUCCAGCGAGUCCGAAUGGCGCACCAACAAGGAAACCUGCCAAAGUGCACUGCUACAACUAUGGGGCUAUAAAAAGCGUACAAAAUAGUAUACUGCAGAAUAGGCGUAUAUACUCCCUGCUCACUGUAUGGAAGCCCCGUCUUCUGUGCAAUUUCGAUAUGGUCUGCUUGAAAAAACAUGCGGGAGAUAUUAACAAAUUGCUUACCUUUAGAAGUAACUUAAUCAAGUCCACUUUGCGAAAGUAUCUCUUCUUCAUAUCUGGAAAGAGAUUGCCCCGCCUAAGAAAAAGGAAGUAUAAAAUUUUGAAGAAAAAAAAAAGGAAAAUCAGAAAAAAUAGGGGAUUGUUCAGAAAACUCUUCUUAUUAAAACAGUUUAAUAAAAUAGGACACAUAAAAAAAUUACACGCUUCUUAUUCACCCCGUUUUUGUUUUCCAACAUGCGAUGCAUCGAGGUAUCUACCGCACAAGAUGGGGGAGGACGAUCCCCGCAUGACUUAUAUAUGGGAAAAAAUGCAACAACAGAAUAGAAUAAAGGACCUGCAAAUUAUGUCCCCUCUGAAGGAACAACCACAGGACGGCUUGAUAAUGAUGUACCUGUUCCAUGAACUAAGAAAGGGACACGAGACACACAAUUUGGAGAGUAUCAACUGGUGCUUUGAUUUCAUGAUGAAGUGGAAAAACAUAUUCAACUCAGUAUUGCUUAUGUCUUUCAUGAGUUAUGCCUCACUAGCUAGUCUGUGCUACCGUGACAGGUGUGUGGAUAUAAUAAAGAAUGGGCUGCUUUUGAAGAAAAAAAAUAAAUCGACAUUUGAGAAGGAACUGCACGGUCUUCUUUUUGCGCAUUCGGACACAAGCAGGACUUGCAAAAGGCACGACCCUGUGGAGAGAACAGAUUUGUCGUACUAUGCCUGCAGGGAGGAGGAUGAAGAGGAGGAGGACGCAGAUAAUGCGGAUUAUUACUUAGAUGGGGAGUACUAUGCUGAUUGGGAACUACCCCGCCCCAGGGAGCCGCUCCACUCGAAGGACCUCUCUAUAAAUCACCAAAUUAGGGCCGAAACUCCCCCAACCAUUAACACCUUUACGCUGUAUCUGCAUAUGUUAAGAUGCAAAAACGUGCACUCGCGCUACCACACCAUGGCGCUGAUGAGAAACCCCAGGGAUAUGAAGCUCAUGUCCAAAUGUGUGGCAGAUAUAUGGAGUAGUCUGUCUAGUAGCAGAAUUGGAGAGGACAUAACGAAGAACAAAAAGUACGUAAGAAGCGUCAUCUCGGAUCAUACGGCAAAUUGCACGAUAAAUUACUUUUUUUCAGAAAAAUUGCCCACUUCUAAAAGUAAGCUAGUUUACGCCAUUUCGACUAGGAUGGGGAAUGCCACCCUCAUGUACCUGUCCCGUAGGGUGAAAAAUAGGGCAAACUUACUGCACGCCCCACAAAAGGUGCUAAGUGUACAUGGAAAUGAAGAAGAAACUUUGCCAUAUGAAAAAAAAGCCCAGUGUGAAGCGAUUACGGAGCUUCUUGUAGACCUAAUUACAGGUCGUAUAUCGGUUUGGAAAAACAGCUUAGGAUGGAAAAAAAAUGGCUUAGCGGAAAAUGACCAGAGUGCGAAGGCAGCUAGUGGCAACCUGCUGGAGGAGUCAAAAAGGACAUAUCACGAAUUGCACAUCCAAAGGAGUCAACGUGGUCACUUCGAUCAGGCAAACAUGUGCCUAACCCUAAGCGAAAUAGAAAACAUGAUAUACUCAGACAUAUAUCUAAAACAGUACGUAGAUGAAGCGGGGAUACAUAAAGAAAUGCACAAGAAAGACAAAAUGAAAAAUAUUAUAAAUGUAAAGUACAAACAGAAAAACAAUGACAAAAGUAUAAAAAUCUUGAACGAAAUAAAAGAAACACAAGAAAGCAAUAGUAAACUUGUUAACGAAGUGUACGAUAUCAUUAGCGAAUAUGAUGAUAAUAACGAGUCGAAAAUUUAUUCUGUCAAAUUAAAAUCAGGAAAACAAAUCCCAUUAAUUAUUAACAAACCAGAACAUAAAAUGCAAGAUAAAAUAAUAAACACUAAAACGAAAAGAAAAUAUAUUCAAGAAAAUAAAUUACAAUAUCUUAACGAAUUUGAUCAUGUGCUCAAUGAUAACAUCCAGUAUGAUCUGUAUGAACAAAAUUGCAUACGAGAAGAAAAAAUUGAAGAAAAAGCAAAAAAUACAAGAGGACAUGCCUUACUAACAUUAGUGGAUAAAGUAAAAACAAUCGAAAAUAAAAAUAAUUAUGUAAUUUCAAAAUUGAAAGAUGUAAUAAAAAUUACCAACAACAAAACCAAAAUCAUAUAUCACAUGUUGUCCAAUGUUAAAAUUUUACAAAACACAAUUAGCCUUCUCCUAAAAUAUAUUAUGAUAAAUGAAAAAAAUAUGAAAACGUUACAUAAAAACAGAAAUAAAACAGAAUCCUUUUUUAAGAUAUUGAAAGAUAUAUGCAUUUUACAAAUUAAUGAUAAAAAACAUUUUGAUUCACUCCAGUAUAUUUGCAAAUAUUUACAAGAUUUACUAUACGAUGAGAUCGAAAAAAUAUAUCUUUUCGAAAAAUCCACAAGAGGAGGCGCAGGAGGAGUAGGGACAGGUGUAGGUGGAGGAAGAAGAACGGCGAAUGCUGCCAACGGGGGAAACACUUCUCCCUCCAUGGGUGGAAAGUUCCCAUUAUGUGGUGAAGAAGAAGAAAAUAUGCUACUACAUAAUAAAAAUGCCUUUCACGAUAAAAACCCAAAUUUUAUUUUUAAAGAAAAAAAAAGAAAUAUAUUCAAUUUUUUGUAUUAUGAAAAUCAUUGUCAUAACGACAUAUUCAAAACACCCCUCAUUUAUUAUAAUUCUUCAGUGGACAGCCUUCAAACAUUUUAUUUCAAAGUUUAUAAUUUUUUCAGGAAUAAUUUAACCAUUUUUCAAUACAUUCUCUACAAAUUCAGACACUACAGGAGGAUCAUUAUCAGUUACAUUACCAGGGGCCAUGCCGGCGAUGCAACUGCACAGUGUAACGGUGCACAGUUGAACGGUACACCGCACACCGGCGUGCCGUUCGGCGGAUCGCAGUUUGGCGGCGCGUAUGGACCUCCUCACAAUACAAGGAACCUAUACGUCUUCCUUUUGGGCUUCCUCCUGAUAAUUUUCGUCAUAAGCAAUUUUUUCUGUUUCCUCUUGUACAAGCAUUUAUCAAAUAAGCUGAACACGUUCGUUCAGGGUUGCACCUGCAACAGGACGUGA